AUGGCACACAGCAAACGAAAUACGUCACGCAGCGUCUUCACCUCCUACGAGCGUGAUAUGGCCAAGGCUGCAUGGGCAUCAACCUCGGCACGCUUGUCUCGUGACUCCUUCCUCCCGUUUGGUUCUUGCUACCUCUGCCUAGAGAUCGCAAGAGACCCUGUUUCGUGCAGUCAUGGUGACAUAUUUUGUCGUGAGUGUGCGGUGGCUAACCUCCUGGCGCAAAAGAAGGAGAUCAAGCGCUUGGUGCGAGCGCGGGAGAAGGCGGAGCAAGAGAUGCUGGAAGCCCAGGCCCGUCAAGACGUUGAAGCUCAAGAGCGCGCCAUAAAGGAAUUCGAAAAGACUCAGGCGGGGAUUAGCCCGUCAUCAUCUGCACCGGUAUCGUCUUCGUCUGGUCUAGCGUCAAAAGAUGAUGGCGGACCAAGAACUGACGCCAAAUCUACGGCGAUGCAGGUCACCAAGAGAAAGUUCAUUUUGGACCAAGACGAGCUAGAAAGAAUCGCAAAGGAAGAUCGCGCCAAGGCACAGAAGUUUAUUAAUGAGGAAAAGGCACCCAAGGAAAAAUUGCCUUCUUUCUGGACACCGUCGCAAACGCCUGGUGCCGAAGCGGCUCGCAAAGUGGCAGGCGUGGAAGCUCUUCCUAAGAACAUCAAGCUUGCGCCCAUUUGUCCGGCUUCGCCCAACAGUUUGCAGCAUCCCUACUCCCUGAAAUCCCUGAUCACUCUCAACUUCAAAGAAGAGCCCGAUUCCAAGACGAACAGCAACAGGCGUAUAUGUCCCUCGUGCGUAAAGACGCUUGGUAACGCAUCACGGCCUCUGCUGGCCGAGAAAUGCGGCCAUGUCAUCUGCCGAAACUGUGCUGCCAAGUUCAUGGCUCCUGUCAAAGGCAGCGACGUUCUGCCUCAAGAAAACACUUGCUACGUUUGCGAUGCCCGCCUGACGGCGAGCCCCUCGGAUGGCAAGCAUAAGCAGCGCAAACAGGAGUUCGCCGGACUGAUCGAGCUCAGAUCAGAGGGUACAGGGUUUUCCGCAAGGGGCGCAAGUAAGGUUGAGAAAAGCGGUGUUGCCUUUCAGUGCUGA